GAUUGGGUAACCCGGAAGGUCACCGCUAGUGGAACCCGAGUUAGAUAGAGUGAAAACUGUAUGAUUGAAAAGAGACAGCGAACAACGGUCGAGAUAGAGUUGACUCAUCGUGAAAAAGAAUCUUCAUGAAUUAAUUGGCCACGGCGGUGUCAGAGCCCAGGUCGGGCUGUGCUCUGUGGUUGUCUGAAUGGCCACUUGAUUACUGGAUGGGAAAGUGUUGCUAGUCAGUGGCGAUAGCGUUCCGGAAGAGUGUGCGAAAAUCCUUCUGGGCGUACUGUGCGUGUGGCUUCUCGCGCCGAUCUAUCGAUUGCGUUCAUUGCUGCAAGGCUUGCGUGUGUCGCGAAUCGCUGAAUCGAAGAACAUCGCAGAUCGUUUCAUGAGAAGGCAGAUGGAAAGGAACUGAGCACUGGGUGCAGUAGCCGUGCGAGUGUAGCCGAUUGUCCCUUUGGAUUGGCGAGACGCACCGUCGGUGCAGUUGUUGCACUUUCGCCCUUGCGUAUACUACUUCCAUUGCAGCUGUUGACUAGCGUCUUCGAUCUCGAUUGUACUCGAUUUCCCAGACGUUUUUCGUAGUUUUUUUUGUUUCCAUCUGCCUCUUUUGCCAACGUCAUCGCAUCGCGGCUCGCACAGAUUAGUUGCCCAAACGCACCCGACCAUUGUGCAUCGUUCUGAGGAAGACAAAAUUUGCAAUUUUGUGGUGUAGCUUGGAAUUUAACCAGAGACUCAUUUACUCCAAACUUGAACAUCAUGUCGGAUACAAUGUCGGAAACUGCCGAAAGUGUUGGAAACGGCAAGGAGCUCAGCAAAGACCAGUUGAAAGUGCUGCGAGAUGCAUUCAAUGCAUUCGACAAGGAGAAAACAGGCAGCAUUUCGACGGACGUUGUGGGUACCAUCCUUGAGCUGCUCGGCCACAAGCUGACGGAGGAGGAACUGGAGGAAGUGAUCGAGGAGUACGACGAGGAUGAGUCCGGCCAGCUGGAAUUUGAUGAGUUCGUGGCACUUGCCUCGAACUACGUCGAACCGGAGGAAGACUAUGACGCGCUGCGGAAGGAGUUGCGAGAAGUUUUCAUGAUGUACGACAAGGACGCCAAAGGAUACUUGCCCGUGGAAGAGUUUAAGGCCAUUCUUCGCGAGCUGGAUGGUGCCGUACCGGAAGAGGAACUGGACGACAUCGUUGACGAAAUCGAUGCCGAUGGUUCCGGCACGGUGGACUUUGAAGAAUUCAUGGAAGUCAUGACAGCAAGUUGAGCACGAUCGCUAAUGCACUCUUCACUACCUUCCACGUUUCACGCUUUAGCUGACUACUAUGGGUAAUGGCAGAAGCUACGAUUUGCGCACGUGAGACUGAAAACCACCGUCACAACCACCAGCAAGCCAAAUCACCAUGGGACCUUUCGUGUUCCACUAACCAUUAAGAGGACAGUGGGAGGAUCCUUGCCGUCUGUAGCACCUGCACGAGUGUGCGAACGGUGGUGAGCGUCUGCAAAGACGCUUCUAGUGGAGAAAUGUAGCCGGUACUAGUUAGCAAGACGACGAAGAAGAAGCCCUAGCCCCGGGCAUAAAGGUAGAAAGAGAGAGUAUAGACUUUGGAAUGGUUCCCGUCUUCCAGCUUUACGCUUUUUCAUUUUUUGUCCCACGCUCUUUAGUAGACGAGAACCCAGUCUCGGAGUUUCACAUAUUCACUCGCAACUGCAUGCAUAAAUAUUCAUUCAGCAACCUGCACCGCAAGGCUGCAAGCGCCUUUGGGAGCAUCGGGUUCAUAACACAUACUGAACAUAAAUGUUUCAUGCUUUUAGGAUAGGAAGGCGUCGCUCGUCUCGAGUGGCGUCGAAAGGUGGCUCUCGUCGGUGUUGGUGUAAUGAACUGAUGAGGAGGGACAGGGACGACACCCUCUUGGGCAGGAUACCAUUCGUAAUUUGUUUGUACUAAGACAACGGAACGACGAAACGCACGUACAGCUUGUAUGAACUUCACUUACCGUCGACUCGUCACUGCUGACGUCAAGACGCCUGAAGAAGUUUCCCCACGAAACCCCAAAAAAUACAUUUAAAUAUAUACCCCGGACUUAAUAGAGUGCAUUCCGCUUAAGUUCGCCAUGCCCGACUUCGUUUCUGCAUCCGUUAAGUAUCCGAACAAAUUGGACUAAUGAACUAGCUCAACGGUAAUUCCAGAAUUUUUAUCUGCUUGGGAUAAGAAAACGCUUCACCGUCCCUUAAUUUCUUCUGCGUUACGUACAAGCAAUAUGAAGGUUUAGAAAGGUUUCUACACUGUCGGUGUACAGCCAAGCUCAAUUCAUUCAAUGGCACAAUUCGGACAUUUCAUCAACAAUAUCUG